AUUGAAAUGUUUUUCUUUAAAUAUUGGAAAAUUAGAAAUUCAGAUUGAGGAGAGAGGAAUGGCUUGGAAGGAGGUCAGCCAGUUUGCGUAAAUACCAAAGCUGUCCUUCUGCUUGGAGUCUUGAGUCUAAUCAGAGUGAUCGGACUACCAAGGCAGAGAGCGAGAGGGAGAAGGAGAAUGAUGGCUCUUCGAGCGGCCAUUCUUCGGCACAUUCGGGUACAUGUCCAAACCCUAGCCCUAGAAUCCCCAAAGGGGCCCGCAUGGGCGCUCUGCAGCUCACUCCGAUCCAUGUCAUCGCACGGCGACGACCACCUCGACAAAGAACAGGUCAUCGACCGCGUUCUCUCCGUCGUCAAGAGCUUCCCCAAGGUUGAUCCUUCCAAGGUGACUCCUGAUGUGCAUUUCCAAAAAGAUUUGGGCUUGGAUAGCUUGGACAAUGUUGAGAUUGUAAUGGCUCUGGAAGAGGAGUUUAAGCUUGAGAUUCCUGAUAAGGAAGCUGAUAAGAUCGACUCGUGUAAUCUUGCCAUUGAAUACAUCUAUAACCAUCCAAUGGCUGGUUGAUAUGAGCAGGGUGGGUUCACUCAUUGAAUUUCAUGGAAAACAAUGAUCUACUCAACAUGUUUUGUUUUACUUAUUGAUUGUAGAAGUAUUAUUAUCCUUGCGGUGGGAUGUGAAAUAAUCCAAAAUCUGUUUAUUCAACUUCAUUAUGCUACUAUUGGAUGUUGUUUGUCAUCUACUUCCAAUGAAUUUAAUGGCAUGCUGACUUCAUUUA